CAUCAACAGCUGUGCAAUAGUACGCCGUUAGCUUUCCUGGGCCCCUUUCGAGCAGCAUUGCGCAUACCAUUGAACCGGUUUUCCACUGCCGCUUCUCGAUUUUUCGGCGUGCUUUGCCCCACAUGCAUUUCGUUGCACUGAUAAUUGGAUCUCUGAGCCCCACUGUCGGUGCCAACGAACUCCCUCGCUUACAUUUCGGCAUCACUGUCCGUGCUACCGUCCUUCAAUCCUCUAUUUGCACUGCUAAUAAGAUGAAAAACGUUUUAGAUGUCAUGUCUCUGCAGCAGCACGUGGAGUCGAGCAAAGCCCAGGCCCAACUUAAGCCCCUUGACUACCGCAAGACGAACAUGCCUGGUAUCGUGCCUCUUUACAUAUUCGAGUGCGCCACCAAGCUAAAGAUGAAGCCGCUGACUGCCGCGUGUGCCGCCAUUGUCUACCAUCGAUUCUUCAAGGAGGUCAAGCCCACUGAUUAUGAUGAGUUCCUAAUUGCCGCGUCUUCGCUGUACCUGGCUGGCAAAAUCAAGGAUGACGAUUCGGUGAAAAUACGCGAUGUCAUCAACGUGGCAUACUGUACACUGAACCGUGGCAAUGCUCCGCUGGAUCUGAACGACGAGUACUGGUCCAUGCGCGAUGCCAUUGUUCAAGCAGAGCUGCUCAUAACCCGCACCCUAGGGUUUGACUUGAACAUAGAUCUAGCUCACAAGUACCUUCUCUACUAUAUGAAGACCCUUCAAGACUGGGUGGGUGCCGAGGUGUGGAACUCGGUGCCGAUAGCCAAGGCGGCCGCCUCGUACCUGCAAGACUUUCACCACAGCGCCAACAUACUUAAGUACAAGCCCACUCAUGUCGCCAUUGGCUGCCUGUCGCUGGCUAUGCAGACGUACGGCAUACAAGUGCCGCUCACAGAUGAGGCGGAAGAGGGUUCCAUGUGGUACAAGCCACUCGUAAAGGAUUUUACCAGGGAACAGCAGUGGGAGAUCAUCGAAAAUGUAAUUGAAGUGUACAAGAACGAAGCUCUCCUGAAGGCUGCAUAAUCUCGCAUCGAAGGCAGGACUCUGCUGUAAUUGGCAUUCCCAUUUGAAUUUAUUUAUUAUUCGGUCACAAAUCAUCAAACACUGAAAUCUUAUACUUUAGUCAGCUGGCUCAAAAUGUUUAUUACAUGCAUACCUCCAUAAAAAAUAGGAAAUAGAACCCGGUUUAAGCAAAAUAAAGUCUUUUGUAUGUAUAAAAACCA